CUGGGUUCGGGUUCAGUCAAGUCAGAGUCGCUAUUCGCCAUUUGUUAUUGGGAAUGGAAAUAGGUUUCUAGUUCGAAGUUCCUGGAAAUUUCCCUAAUUAAUCGCGACAAGCAUUUAACUAACUCAAUUAUUUACAAGGUUCAUUGAAAUGGUGUGCUAAUACUAAAAACUCGAAAAUCUCAUAAUGGUGCUGCUCAACGUCUAUUUUGAAAACAAAAAAAGAUUUAUCUUACAUUAAAGAGCAGCAGCUCUAUGAGGAAACUAGGUAUCAACCAGUCAAAAAUAAAAAUUAAUUAAAAAUAAUUAAUUUUAACAGGAACACUCAAGUUUUAUAGUGUCUUUGUUCAUAAUAAUGUGUUCCAUAAUGGCAAUUAUUUAAUGUCAUUUGGUUGUUUGAUGUAAUUUUUUCAAAUAUUGUUUGUAUAUAAAUAUGAAUAAUUUAUUCGAUCAUGAGGAUGAGAGCAGCUGGUACUUUGGUGCCAUUAAUCGGCAAGAAGCACAAGACCUUUUAAUGGCAGAAAAAGAAGGCGGAGUAUUUUUGGUUAGAGAUAGUACAACUUCUGUAGGAGAUUUUGUACUUUGUGUGAAGGAAGACAGCAGAGUAAGCCACUACAUAAUAAAUAAAAUGCAACAGAACAAUGAUCAGCCUAGUUAUAGGAUUGGAGAUCAACUGUUCAGAAGUCUUUCUGAAUUAGUGUCAUUUUAUAAAUUACAUUAUUUAGAUACAACCCCGCUUAUAAGGCCUGCAAAGAAGAAAUUGGAAAGGGUGAUUGCUAAAUUUGAUUUUGAAAGCAAUGAAAAAGAUGACUUAAGUUUCAAAAGAGGUGAUAUUUUAACAGUGUUAUUUAAAGAAGAAGAACAGUGGUGGCGAGCCAAAGAUAAAAAUGGAAAAGAAGGUUGUAUACCAGUCCCCUAUGUCCAGAAGCUUGAAGAAAGUUCUUCACCAGUGGAGGGAUUGAGGCCACAAGAAGGUUCCAUUAGUAGCACACCAGAGUCAAAACCAAAACCAAAACAGAGGAUUCUCCCAGCUAAGGCCAGAGUAAAGCAAGUCAGAAUUCCAAACGCUUAUGAUGAUACAGCAUUGAAACUAGAAAUAGGAGACAUCAUAACUGUAAUGAAAACAAACAUUAAUGGUCAAUGGGAAGGAGAACUGAAUGGUAAAAUAGGAUAUUUUCCCUUCACCCAUGUAGAGUUUUUGGAUGAUGACAACGGAAGUUAGUAAUCCCAUAUGGGCGCUACUAAAACAGGUUGUUUCACUUUAUUGUCAGAUUUGGGGUUUAUAUUAAGCUUUUCAUGUAAGUGGGGCAAAUUUUUAGUCAGUUUACUGACAAAAAAGGUCUCGUAACUCUAACAAAUAGAUGAACUUGAGGAAUAGAGAACAAUGCUUCUUUAUCCAAUGAAUUAAAUUCUAUGCGUACCUGGAAUGGACCCGCCCAUUGUCGUCAAAUUAAAAAAGUGUCUCAAACAUAGCCUUAUUGUGACGGCUACUGUUCUCACUCAGACUAAUGAUUUUCUUACCUAGAAGAUGAGGUCAACUAAAUUUUUUAAAAUUAUUAUGUCUGGUAUAUUUUUGCUUGGUCCGACAAAACAAUAACCACUUUAGGGGAGGGUCGCUUUCAUCUGAGGAAACCCUAGAAAGUUUUGCUUUUGGGUUUCUGAGAGAAACGUAAGUGACUUAAUUGUUCUGUUUUUUUUUUGUGUGAUUCAUUUAUUGUAUAAACAAUUGUCAUAUCUUGUCAGGCUUAUGGAUGGGAUGCAAUAAUAAAUAGGAUAGAAGACAAAUUCCGUUUCAUGGAAAAAAUAGAAAUUGUGUAUUUAUUUUUUUGGGAACUAUAAAAGCAAAUUUUGCAAAAACUGUCAAAAUUUUAACCAGACCCCAUAUUAAUAAAAAAAAUGAUUCCACAAACAAUUUUAAUUUUGUGUGCUCUUUCCUAUUCCGGACGUGAAGUUUCCUGUUUUUCAGAUGUUUAAAUUAACGAAAAUUUCCUCUUGGAUCACAUUAGACACCAAAUAUCUCACACCAACAUUUCAACUCUACACAUAACUGAGGAACUAAAUAAGUUGAUAAGUUUGCAUUGUUCUCUAUAAAAUUUUAGUCCUAAGCUAUGGGAAUUGUAUUCAAAUCGUCAUAUUCUAUUUAAUUAUACAUUUUUAAAUUAUUUCAUCCAUUUAAUUUAUUUAUACCUAUUUUUCUGUAUAUUGUGUAUUUUAAGAUUUUUUUAUACAUGUAUUAUUAUUUUAGUUGUAGAUAAAUGUACAUACAUAGUUUUAACAUUAAAAAACAGUUUUCACUAUUAUGGAUGCCCGCUUAAGACUUUUUAACCUGAUUGCAAUUUAUUCUAGUCUAUAGAAGGAUAAAAUCAUUAUAUAAAUGUCCAUAUGGAAUAUAGAUGAGUGACAUAACUAACUGCCAUGGUAAAUAUAAAUAUUUAUGCUGAUAUUCCAUUCCUAUUAAAUGUAUAUACAGUGGGUGGCGUUGUGAGAUUUUUUUUGCUGAUUUAUUUGUGCCUUAUCAAAACUACUGGUUCAUCAUAAUAUAUGUAGUAGUUAUUAUUUUUUAGCCUUAUUAUAAACCUGGGCUGGGAAAAUUUUAUUUCCAUUGAAAAAUUCGGAUACAUUGGUACAUAUUAAAAAAAAAUAUUUUUUGAUAUUGACUUAUAACAAAAUAUUUUUGUUUUUACUAUCUUGAGCAGAAAAUUGCAGUAUUGACUCAUUCCUUCUUCAGUCUGGGUACAGAGUUGCAACAAAACCUAACUGCGAACCAGACGUUCUUUCGUGUACAGACUUAUAUUUCACGUCACAUCCGAACCUCUGAUAAGCUUAACCGAGGUUCAAUUUGUCUUAAAAGCAUUGGCCCUUAGUCACCUAAUUACUCAAAUAAUUCGGCGUACAAUAAUAACUAGACCGCUCGCCAAAAAAAAAAAAAAAAACCGGGACAGGCAAUUUUUAGCACCAUAUUCAAUUUGUGAUUUUUUUUUUUUGAAUGAGGUUUUUGGUUUUUGGUAUUCGAAAGCCCAUUUUGUUUAUGUUGUAUUUUUUUUUUUUGAAGGAAUGCAUUUCUCAAGUAUUAUACAGGGUGAAUAUUAAACAAAUUAAACUGAUGCAAAAGUACAAAGUUCGAUGCCUGCCAUAUUGGCAAUAUUUCUUUUUUUGAAUAUCCGUAUAGGCGAUAAGUAAGUUAGUAUCAAUAUCUCUAGAUGUGUUAGCCAAUUUUUUGAUAAGUGCCCUUUGGCAGCAGAUACACUACUAAACAACAAAGUUGAUAAAAUCUUGUAAGCAUGCAUGCACAAUGUUUGAAGGGAUGUAGCUUGAAAAUGGUUGUAUCGAUUUCGAACCUAAUUUUUUUUAGAGGUUCCGCGUUACUUUUGAUUUUUGUGACCCCUGUAUAAUGUGAAAUGGGCCAUCUGCAAAAAAGCAAGCGAGUCGUGAAACCUCUAAAACAAAUGAGCUUUCAAAACCUGCAAAUCCGAAAAAAAAAAUAAUAAUAUUGCCAAUAUAGCAGACAUCCAAACUUUUUGUACUUUUGCAUCAAUCUAAUAUUCACCCUGUAUAUAACAGCAAAAUGCAUUCCUUCAAAAUAAUCAUAUUUUCCCACGUGAUACACAACAUGGGCUUUCAAAUACCAAAAAAAUAAAACAAUAAAAAAAAAUAAUAAUUUCAAAAAAGCUAUUACAAAUUGAAUAUGGUGCUAAAAAUUGCUUGACCCAUUUUUUUUUGCCAAGAAGUUUAGUUAGAAGAAAUGAUGUUGGCAGUGAUGUUCAGUUCAUUAUUUUGUUGCAAGUCGGCGAGGCUUAAAGGGUGAUAAUCACCAUUCCAUUUGUAUUUCAAUAAUGUUUGUGGUACAUGAAGUUCAUUCAUUUUGUUGUGAUUUAAAAUAGUGAUUUUUAUUCAAAAAGUCAUUUGGUUGAUAUCUCUCGGACCCUGUUUCAAACUUAUUGCGCCACCUACCAACAAAAUAUUUGUCUAAAGUAAUAAUUAUAUUGUAUGCCUCAAAUGUAACAAUACGCAUAUAUUUGACAUAAUGUCACCUAAAGGAACCAUUAAAAAAAUUAUAUAUAUUUGCGCAGUUAUAUUGUGAAUUUUGUAAUUUUAAGGACAUAUCAUAUUUCAUAUUUUUUCAUCAUAUUUUAUGCAAUACAUAAUAGAAUUAUAUAUUUUAAAAAGGUCAUCGCUUAUUAAUAGUGUGCAUUAAUAAAUAAUGUAUACAUUUUAUUGUGUAUUAUGCUUAAAUACAA